CCCCCCCGCUAAGCACAGAGCCCCCCCCCUCACCUCCACGCGUCACGGCGUCAACAUCGGCCGAGCGAAGGAGAGGAUGAUGGAAGAGAGCGGAAUUGAGACGACCCCACCUGCAUCGCCACCGUCGGCUGGGAGUCUCCCGUCCAUCUCGCUCGCAGGGACCAUGUCACCGAUGCUGGUUCCCGUGCCUGGACCAUCGUCCAUGAUGUCGAGCACGCCCUUCCCGCCGCCCCCCAUGUCUGGAGUUUUGGGGAUAUCCAGCAUCUCCCCCGGAGUUCCACCAGCUCCCGAGGGUCUCUACAGUAGCCCGGGCCUGGCAAUUUACUCGCCACCAGGGCCUCCCCACAUGUCAGAGUUCACCGCUGUUGCGGCCGUGACAUCGGAGGGCUCGGUGACAUCGAUGGGGCCGAUGGGGCCGUCUCUCCCGCCGAGCGGUGGCUACAUGGGGGGCAGCGGUUACGACGUGACACGGGGCCACGGCGGCCGGGCGCCGCAGUCUCCGUACCUCUCCACCGUCUCUGCGCCCAGCGUCGCGCCCAUGAUGGCAGGGCCCAUUGCAAUGGCACCGCCGCCGCCCCAGGCUGGGCAGCAUCAGCACGGCUCCUCUAUCACCUUCCCCGAGGAGCCCGACGACCACCAGCAUCACCACCACGAUCACCACCAGUGCCAGCACGGGCACCACGAGCAUGCGGCGCAGGGGGGCGGCAUCUGGGGCUUCUUCAAGGGGGUGGUUGGCAACCCCGUGGUGAAGACUGUGCUGGACAAGACCAAGCACUCUGUGGAGUCCAUGAUAACAACACUCGACCCGGGCAUGGCUCCCUUCAUGAAGUCUGGAGGCGACGUGGAGCUGGUGGUCACCUCGGACAAGGAGGUGAAGGUGGCGGCCGUGCGAGACGCCUUCCAGGAGGUGUUCGGCUUCGCCACCGUCACAGGGGAGGCGGCAAGCUCCCACAUCGCGCCGCAGCCCGUGGGCUACGCCGCCGGCAUGAAGGGAGCCCAGGAGAGGAUAGCCGGCCUCCGCAGGUCAGGGGUCAUUGCCGAGAAGCAGGUGGCUGUGUCUGUGGAGAACUUCAUCGCAGAGCUUCUGCCUGACAAGUGGUUUGACAUCGGCUGUCUGCUCCUGGAGGACCCGGCGAACGGGAUAACCCUGGAGGCCUUCACUCAGGCCACACCCGUGCCUCUCGAAGCCGUGCAGCAGGCACAGGCGCAGAACUCUGCCACGUAUGACCUGCGCUGGUCGGGCCUGGCGGUGACGGUGGGCGAGGUGCUGGAGAGGAGCAUGCCGCACGUGUCCCGCAGCGACUGGCACCUGGCGCUCACGGGAGUGUCGCGUCGCCUCAUGAUCUACAGUGCCGCCAAGGCCCUCGCCGGCCUCUACAAGCACCGUCUGCCGUCCAAGAUGGCGUGAUGGCCGCGCCCUCGCCGCGCGUCGCGCCGUGCAUCUCCACUCCGCGUGUCCCCAUUCCGCGCGUUCCGACUCCCAGCCUCCGCUCGCUCGCGGCACCCGACUUCGCGUCUGCAACGGCGAUCGGUCGUGGCGCACGAUCGAGCGCGUGUAACUAUUUCCCCGCGUUGGUUGCGACGCGUCCGGCAUCUGUGCAGUUGUUUAUAUCCCCUUCUUAUCUCUCUGUCCUGCUGCACGUGGCCGUCCUCUGCCGAGGCGCGACACCGACGUUCUCGCUUCAGUAGCCACGACGGCACUGUGUUGUCGUGCUUGCUGCUGCUGCUGCUGCGGCGGUGCAGCGGAGAUGGAGUAGGGGGGGGGGGGGCUCGAGAAGGCACUCGUUGGAACAUGAGCGUGCUGUCCGUACCAUCGUGGGUUCCUGGCAGGCCGGUCAACCGACUCCGGUUUUUACGUUUUUUGACAACAAAAAUCGUGGAGACGAUGCUGACGGUUGGAAAUUGUCGGCCGUUGUGAUAAAAAAGCCUUUACCAAAACACACAACUAGUCAUUAACAUUCCACGUUCAUGGCGGAAUUUCUUUCGAGAAUGCCAACCCGUGUUUCAUAUGUACAUCGCUAGAGGUCGUAUUUACCAGGCCAUGACUCUGCUUUCCAUUCUUUCUUCAUUUUGGGAAGAGACAAUAAAUGGGUGUGCAUCUUAUUUCCCGCAGGGUGCGCUUUUGCUGUUCAACCACCGGUGGUAGAAUUAUUUUUGAAGUUGAGCUGUAAGAGAAGGGAGAAGGGGACACCUGUGUUUAGCCUUAAUACUCUGACAGUCAACGCGAGCACAUUCAUAGCAACUGUUAUUAGCCUGGGUAGCGGAGAUUCAUCGCCUACGCUGGGCGGUUUCGCCAGCGAGCGCAAAGACCCCAGCGUCUUUGCAUCGUCGCAGACCGGCGGGCAUUGAUUUUCUAUACGCCAAGACCGCGUAGUCUUAUCAGAAAUAGUAAAACAAAGUAAAUGCGUACAUAAGAAACGCCAGUAUGGAAAAGGCUGUAUUUAGCUUUUAAUAAAUAUUUUGAUAGAGCUGCA